AUGGACAAUCCUGUUUUUUUGGAUGAAGAAAUUCCAUUUGUUGAAUCAGGUGUUUAUGAAAUAGAUGAAGCAGGUGGUGGCAGCGGCAAUGGUACAACAACAACACUUGGACAUGGAAAUAUUAUAUCACUUAAUCAUCAAAGACAUCCUUUUGAAGAUGAUUCAAUAUGGUCGACAACUAUACCUGUUAAACGUGGUCGACGUCCAAAAUCGACAACUGUUGUUAUAACAACAGCAUCAACAUCAUCAGUACAAAAAUCUGAGCCUAAACGACGAGGACGAAAAUCGAAACAAGAAAUUUUAUUAUCAACUAAAUCUUUAUCAUCAACAAAUAAUAAUAAUAAUAAUAAUUUAAAUGAUAUUCUUUCGGAAUCAACUAAAGAUAUUGAACAAAAACAACAACGACAUUCUACAAUAGGAUUAAAAUCAAUAAAAAAAACUAAAACUGAAGAACAACAACUUUCUGACAACAUCAGUUUACGAUCAAAACAACCUAUAAAAUCUUCAACACAAUCAGACUCACAACAAAUUGGUUCGAGUUUAACAACCAAUCAACUUCCAAUAACAAGUAAUACGUCUACAAAUAUGAAUCUUAGUACAACUGGUAAUAUUGUUAUUAUGGGUAGUAUUAGUGGAGAUAAUAAAUCAAUAAAUAAUAAUCCAACAACAUCAUAUGAUCAAGCAGCUAUAUUACAUGCACUUUGUCAAGCAGGUGUUAAUCCAUUACAUCAUGAUCCAACAGGAGAUGAUUCAGAUACAGAUACGGAUGAUGAAAGUGAAUCUGAUGAUGAAUCAAUGAAUAGUGAUAAUGAAAAUAAUCAAUUAUCAAAUAUGAAUAAUAAUGUAGCACAUUUAAUAAAUUCAACAUCACGUGGACGAACACAUCAACAAUCAACAAAAAAUACGAAUAAUAAUACUAAUAAUAAUAAAAAAUCUUCCACAGUACGUCGUUCAACAACAACAAAUAAUAAUAAUAAAAAGAAACAAGAAAAUCAUAAUAAAAGUGAUACAGAUGACGAUGAUGACGAUGAUGAUGAUGAUGAUGACGAUGAUUCAUCAUCAUCUAAUGAAGAUCUUGAUGAAUUAGGUGUUGGAAAUGAUACAAAUAAUAAUUUAAGUAGUAUUGUUGAUUCACUUGAUGGUGAUUCAUCAUUAAUUGUUCCACCAGAUUUUUCUAAUCCUGAUUAUGUACAAAAUCUUGUUAAACCACAUCGUAAACGUCGUACACAUUUACCAACUGAUGAUCAACCUAAAACAAUACGUUGUCCACAAUCAGGUUGUACAAAAAUGUUUCGUGAUACAGCAUCAAUGAAUAAACAUUUACAUACACAUGGUCCACGUGUACAUGUAUGUCAUGAAUGUCAAAAAUCAUUUGUUGAAAGUUCAAAACUACGUCGUCAUCAACUUGUACACACUGGUGAAAAAGCAUUUCAAUGUCCAUUUGAAGGAUGUGGAAAACGUUUUUCACUUGAUUUUAAUUUACGUACACAUGUUCGAAUACAUACAGGUGAUAAACCUUAUGUUUGUCCAUUUGAUGGUUGUAGUCGUCGUUUUGCCCAAUCAACGAAUCUCAAACAACAUCUUUUAACACAUGCAAAAAUUCGUUCACAUCAACCAUUUGCUAUUCCAGCUGUGGCUGUUACAAUUACAGAAAUUCAACCACAUGAAGUAAAAUUUGCUAAAGCUGGCGAAGGACAUAAAUUAAAUGAACCAACACCAAAUCCUCGAUAUGUAGAAUCACAAUCACGUCCUCAAACAUCUACAAGACAAAGUUCUGAUGGAGGAGCAGCAGCUCGAGCUGCAGCUGAAGCAGCACAACAACGUUUACAACAGCAAUUAUCUUGGCAACAAGCAGCAGCUCCAAGUAGUCGUACUGCUGAUACUAUUCGUCGUCAAGCUCAACGUGAACUUGAACAAGAAAAAGCACUUGAAAAUGAAUUUCAACGUGCACUUGAUUUAAAAGAACAUUAUUUUGGCAAUCGACAAAUUAGUGUCGAAAGUUCUCCAGUAGUUGAUCUUUCAAAAUUUCUUUUUAAAUGUCCUGAUGUAUUUGGUGAUGAUGUUUGUUUACCAUACAAUGAUUUACAGCAACAAAUAGAAAAUACACUUCGAUUACAACUUGAUUCUGAACCUGUUGUUGCUGCUACACUUCUAUUUUUAACAUGUAAUCAAAAAGAUCAAGAUAAAGUAAAUGCUAGUAAAGAAAUUAUAUGUAAAUAUUUCGAUAAUAUUAUUGCUAAUCCCGAUGAAGAAAAAUAUCGUCGAAUUCGAUUACAAAAUAAAGUUUAUCUUGAGAAAGUUGCACCAUUAAAAUAUGCUUUUGAAUUACUUCAAUCUAGUGGUUUUAUAUUAUCUGAUGAUAAAGAAUCAAUUAUUUAUCAAGAACGUUCUAUUGAGCCAUUACAAUUAGCACGAGAUACACUUAUGAAUGGUGAACCAAUACAAAUACAACUUGAUAGAAAUUUAAAAAUUUUUCAACCAACUAAAGAACGUUCAUCAGUACCACCUGUAGAACAAUUACCACAAGAUUCAUUAUUAUAUCAAACAACUGUUGGAGAUAUAUUACGUGAAAAACAACGACAAAAAGAUUUGAUUGAAAAAGAAGAAAUGUUAAGAACAAAGGCAAUGCGUGAACGUGAUGAAAAACCUGAUCCAUAUGUACAAUAUAAAUAUACAGUUAUACGUAUACGAAUGCCUAAUGAAAUUAUAAUACAAGUUAUAUUUCAAUCAAAUGAUAAACUUUCAUCUUUAUUUGAUUAUUUACGUUCACAUAUUCUUGUACAUAAUUGGUUACCAUUUACAUUAAUAUUAAAUGUUGAUCGACGAGUUUAUUCAAGUCAAGAUGAACAAUCAAUAACAUUUAAUCAAUGUGGUCUUGUACCAGCUGCUGUACUUUCAUUUCAAUGGAAUGAACAAGCAUUACGUGAAGUACAAGCACAAACACCAAAUUUUCCGGCUAAUGCUUUUAUUAAACCUGAUGUACUAGCAAAUGCAAAUCGACUGUGA